UUUUCUACACAUGUAAGUUAUCAAGCUCGCAUGUUUAUAGCUUGUGUUCGACAGUUAAUUACAAUAUAUAGAUAUAUUUACACAAGUGAACGAAAAUGAUGGAUGGUUACAUAACCGUUACAUUUCACUCGAGCAAACAGGCUCGCAGACGUACGGGAGUUAUGGAUCGUACGUUGAACUUGUCCAAUUUGUACGAAUUGUUAUACAACACUUUGCUAAUCACGGAAGAAGUGAAAGAAAUAUUAAAAAAAGACUGUAACGAAGCGACAUUUGUUUUAAAGCCGUGGCAGAUGAAAACCAUCGUUGAAAAACAAUUCGACGAAAGCACCUGUAAUUGCCAAAAAAAUGAGAACGAAGCAAAGGAAAUCGCAGCAGGGAUAAGCAGAGCAAUCAUUCUGGCGCAAGAGUUGCGAGAAAAACUGAAGCUUAAUGUAGCGUCGAAAAAAAAAUCCUUGACAGAUACAAUUGAAAAUAUUUAUUUAUCUAAUCCUGCAUCAACUUGCAAUCGCAAGAGAGUAUCGAAGAGCAAUAAUACAACGCAAAAAGUGAAUGUAGCAAAAAGCGGCCCUGACUGUAAAAGCUCGAAUGCGCUUCAAAACAACAAAGUAACUUCCGUUCCGACAAGAAAGUCUGUCGGCGAUACAAAACAGAGUAAUUUAAUCAAUAAGAUACAAUCAAAGUCAUCUGCAAAAGUUACGGAGAAAUUUAAAAAAGGAAAAAAUUUUAUACUGGAAAAUAAAUUAAAUGUCAGGAAGAUAAGCUCAGCGAAUAAAUUACAAAUUCGUGAUACAAAUUCUAAUGAUACCCAACAAAAUUCAAGGAAGUCUUUAUCGGUUGAAGCAUCAGCUGCUGAAUUAAGCAAUUUGAUACACAAAAUGGUACGACAGUCUACCGAGAAUGCUUUAAUUUCUUUUCCCGAGAAUGCUAAUAACGAUUGUCCAUUACACGGAAAUAAUGCGUGUCAAUCCGUUCAAGAACAGAUUGUAGCGAUAGAUGUAGUAGAAGCGCUUCAGCAUUUUAAUGUGCCAAAUGAAAUUGUGAAGGUACUGAGUACUUAUCACGCAUUUUUAAAAACUAAUGUAGACUUGAGUCAUACUAAAGAGAACAAAUAUAAAAAAUCGAUCGAUAAUUUUCUGAAAGAAUUUGAAGAGAUGAAUAUAAUUAUGCAAGAUUAUUUAUUAGAAGAACCUCACUUACUUAAUAAGGCAGCAAAGUCGAUAACGGCAUUUAGUAGUAUUUUUAAUGAUGAUUUAGAUACAGUACAAUCUAAUGACACGAAGAUUGUUUCCACUGAAUUAAGAGCCUCUUUUGAACAAUGUGGCAUUAAGAAUAAAAUAGAACCAGUUAAAAAAAAUUUAUCCUAUAAUGUUUCUUUGGCAACGGGAUGGGUGUCGAACGGCAUUUGGAAUAUUUCCUGUAUGGAGCAUUUUAAAAAUUUUUCUAAAGUGUACAACAUAAGAUACUGCAACAAGAAGCAACUUUUAUUGUUAUACGAAGCUAUACAAAAAUUACAGCGCACCAAAUAUUUUAAUACAUUGAUUGAAAUUGUUUUACGCGAUGUGAUACCCACCGUCAAAUCUAACAUCGAGUCUGCAAGCGCGGAAUACGCGCAAACAUAUAAGACAAUAUUUGUUCUUUAUCAAGGUUUAAAUCCUAAAGUGCCGGUUUUAGUGAGGACUGAUAACUAAGUCUCACAUCAUAAGGUAUUCUCUGUUACUAUAGCAACUACUGUGCUUGUAUCGUCUAAUUGAAGUCCACUUUCCAAGUGAAACUCUUCAGAAAUAUAUUUUUUGUUGUAAUGUGAUUUAUUGUAUUAUUGCAUUACGGUAAUAACAAUCCAAAUGUUUUGUGCUAUUAAGUAUUUCUUAAUAAGUGUAGAAAAUAAAAUUUUUUGAUAUUCAACUGAAAA